AUGAAUUCUAGAAUAUAUAAUCUGCAAAUUACUAUAUUUUUGAUACAAAUAUUCUUGCAAUGGUCUGGCGUUACCACGGAACACAGUUUGUUUUUUUUUGCAACUAUUAUUCGUAAUUUGAUCGAUAAUACGUUCAAUUUAUGUAUCGUUAAAUGUGCGUUAGGUUUUCCCAUAUCGAACGGGUUUCUGGCUUACAGAACGAUUUCGACCUCUUGGCGGAAAUAUUGUACCUGUCCAACAAAGUAUUCGUGUUCUUGCUGCCAAAGUGUUAUUAUUUUGUAUACUAAAGCUGAAAAAAGACUUUGCGUGAACGUCACUCAUCAAAAUAAUGGAUUAACGUUCAAUGUGAUGUUGAAUACCAACAGAAUAAAAACCAGAAACAUCACAGAUUAUAAACCAUUCAAGUUUUGCAUUACCAUACCAGGAUGCCUUUUUUCGUACGCAUGUGUAAAUGUAUCGGAGCUGAAUCAGUUCUCCAGGUACAAAAAGACAGAACAAAGGAAAUUUUUACUUAUUUUUGACUUUGACAUCUUUUAUCUUUAGUCGAUCGAUUCAAUGUUCUACACCAACUAAACUGUUUUAAAAUUUUACAAUAAGGUCGAUAACAGUUUGCCUUCGAUUGGACGUUUUCUCAAAGAAACAACAGUGGCAAAUAAAUUAUGACUGCAUUAGCAUAUCAACAGAGAUGAUUGUGGUAUUAGGAAAUAGCACGAUACAAAUAACGAACGGAACCGAAG